CUAAAUUUAAUAUUCAAUUUGUUCAUUUAAUGUUAAAGGCACGUUCCUUUAAGGUGAGCGGCAUGUUCCGUAACGAAACAGAUCAUUGAUAAUUGGCUAUACAAAGACAACACAACUGUGGGUAAAAUUUUUAUUGUCUAUGGGCAAGGCGAUUAGCUGUCUUCGUUCCAAAUCCCCACCCUUAAUCCUUGGGUGACGGUUUACUACUGUGAUUUCAAAUUGUUAACUGCGCGCACCUAAUUUUGAUUGAGCUUGGUGAAUUGUUCGUUAUCGAGAAUAAGGACAUUUCGGAAGAACGGUGGAUCAGUGCCUAUGGACUAUAUAUCGUGUAUGAUAUAUUCGCUGGUAACCGCGUCGACGCACCCCGUUCCAGAACCCAGCCCUCGGAAACCGUGGCGGUAAAGGAUCGCUUGCGGUGAGUCGCCAACCCCUGCUUAAUAUCGUACACCUUCCUUCCCAUACCACUCCAAACCCCGAUCUCGUGCGACGGAUAGGGGCAGAGCUGUGGGGCUCCAAAGUUUGGGGGGUCACUUCACCCCCCUUUUUUGAGGGGCUGUAGCUCGGGCAGCUUUUGUCGUAGGAGAACGGGAUUUUCCGUAUAUACCACCCCCUGCCAAGCUCUACCAGACCCGUAGGGCAAAAUUGCCCUAGCUCAAGGUCCCGGGGCAAACUCAUCUGACCCCGGAAAUAGGUGCGGCAGGAUUCCCUCUAUCCAAUACCAAAAAGUCCCAGUUCCACAGGGUCAAUAGUUUCGGAGAUAUCGGCACUCGUCCCAUUCGGGCCGAGUUUUUUGCCGAUUUUCAAAGGGGUAUAUCUCCGAAACUACUCAUCGCAGCGGGGCAAGAUAGGUAUCAAAUAACGGGGCUUUAAAAGCUCUAGUGGACGGCGCGAGACGCAAUUUGAUAGACUCCGGACUUACCGGAAAAAAUCCGGAAAACGUGGGAAAAGCUAUAACUUUAAGGAUUUUUAAUCUAAAAAUUACUAAGGGUAAAGCAGGACAAGACAAUAAAGAUUUACAACUAGAAUCAUCGUUUUUGCUUUAUUUGACUAUAAAUUUUUUGACUUUAUUUAUUUUACCCCUUUUUUAAACUUUUCCCAAAAAUUCUUAUACUGACCUAAUAUAUUUAAGUUCUUUUGACAUCGUACCCUAUUGGGGCGAGUCCUAGUACAUAAGUUUUCAACAUUGACGCAUAGAGCUAGGCUCUGCGAUAUACAAACAUAACAUAUAACAAAUAACAAACACCCAAGCAAGUUACGAAUAAAUAAUAACAUUAACACUUACAUACACAACGAAGAGAAGACUCGCAGUAGAUCUGCCGACUGGACAGCAACAUCUGAAACAAACACAUACAUUAACACAUAUACAAAAAACACAAAACACAAUAAUUAUUAUUAAGACAGGAGACUUACCCCCACUAAGUAAUAAAUUAAGAGAUUCUGAAAUAGAGAACGGAAUCAAAAAUGUUGCGAUCACCGAAACCAACACAGAGGCAAUCGGGUAGCCAAAUACCGACUCCAUCCCCCCGAAUGAGUUUGGAAAGCAACCCGAAAACACCGAAAAAGCAAACGGGAAUGGGACCACAGGAGUGGGGCCCAGACAUGGAAAGGUUCUGGGGGGACUUAACAACGAUUGCAAAUAGAAUAGCGAAAGUCCUAGAAGUUCUAGAAACACAACCUACAUUGCGAAAAGACUCUAAGGACAAAUUGAUACAAACCUUAAAGAAGACCAAGGAAAAGGCAAAAGGAAUGGAAACAACAGCCGAAGAAAUUCGAACAUAUAUAGAGGAGCAAGAGAUAAGGUUUGAUAGAUUAAAAAGAGAGAACGAAGAAUUACUAAAGGAGGGAAAAAUAAUGGAAAGACUCAGUGGUUUCGAAAUAGAUCUCAACAGAAAGCAGGACAAUACACUAGCAAAAAUAGAAAAGACGAUGGAAGAAUGGGAUGAAAGAGAAAGGAAGAGAAUGCAAGAAAAAGAACAAUAUACAGUAGACUUCAAAACACACAGAGAAAUAGAGGAAAAGGUAGAAACACCAAGUCGGAUAAUGAAAAAACUAGAGAGUAUUGAAGACAACCUGACAGCAGAGAUUAUAGAUGUGGGAAGAAGAAUGAGAGAAAAGGCUGAAGAUAGCGAAAUUACUAUAGAAAGGAUAAUAGAAGGAAAAAUGAACGAAGUCGAAAAAGCGCUGAGAAAUAAAACAGACACGGGGGGAUAUAACAUUAGCCCAGACGAAACAAUAAAAACGAUAGAGGCAACAAGGGAUUUCUUAAACAACAGAAUCACCCAUGCACGAGAAGAAACAAUAUCUGAAGUAAGAACAAGAACAGAAUCCCUGACAAAGAAAUUAGUAGAAAUAGGAAAUACAAAAGAGAGAACAGUAACAGAACACACAGACACAAAGACCACAUAUGCUGAGGUACUAAGGGAACGCAAAACUAGAGUCCCGAAAACCCUCCACUCUAUUAUAAUAUCGUCUGACAAUUACAUGGAUACGGCUGAAGAUGUCCUAAAUAAAGCCAAAGAAAGAAUCGAAGCAAAAAAGGAAGGACUGAGAAUAGACAGAAUUAGAAAAUGUAAAGACGCGAGGAUAAUAAUAGGGUGCGAAACGACAGAACAGAUAAACAAAAUAGAGGAUAAAAUUAAACACAGCAAAGGACUAAAGGUGGAAAAAAUCACAAACAAAGACCCACUGGUUAUAAUAAAAGACAUAUUCAACGGAAUAGAAGACGAAGAGAUGCUAAAAGCAGUUAAAGAUCAAAACAGCAGUAUAUUCCAAGGGCUUAACGAAGAAGAAACAAAAAUGAGAAUUAAAUUUAAAAAGAGCGCAAGAAACAGAAACACCACCCAUGUAGCCUUGCAAAUUAAACCAGUGCUUUGGCAAAGAAUGACCGGGGCGGGAUACCUCCACAUAGACCUUCAAAGGGUUAGGGUGGAGGACCAGUCCCCGGUCAUUCAAUGCACAAAGUGCUUAGAGUUCGGACAUGGGAGAAAAUUUUGUACUGAGAGCGCGGACAGAUGUAGCCAUUGCGGGGGAUCUCAUCACCGAACGGAUUGCCCGGACAGGGAUGAAAAACCUCCGAGAUGUCACAACUGCUCGCGCUCAGAACUGCAGGAUACCUCCCACAACACCUUUGCCAGGGAAUGCCCAGUCAGAGCCAAAUGGGAUUUCCUGGCAAGAGCCACGACAGCAUAUACAUAAUUGGAGCAAUACACAAAACAACACAACACACAAACAAACAAUAUACCACAAACAGGAAAGUAG